GAUAUUGAAAAUGAGCAAAAAACUGUCGACAGUGGAUCCACCUAAAAAGAAGAUAAGCGUUAUAAGCUUGCCGCCCGGUAACGAAAUGCCCCCAAGGAAGAAAAGCAGUAUCAAAGAGAAUUUCUCGAAUCUGAUGAAAGCUCCAAAUUUUCUCUUGAAAAGGGAAGCUGCAAAGAAACGCUGGAAUCAAGUAUGUGGCAAUUUGAAUCUUGGACGAAUACGUACCGCUGUCAGUGAGUCAAAACUAUUUUCACCUGGAGAACGGCGGCGACGUUCUGCAGAAAAUGGUACAAAUCAAAUCGCCGGUUCACCUUCUCCACGAUUAAGUCCUAACGAGUGGCAGUUCGCCUUCGAUCACGUUAUCUCCGAUGCUGAUGGACGGGCACAGUUUACCAAAUUCUUGCAAUCUGAGUACUCAGAGGAAAACAUACUAUUUUGGUGGGCAGUCGAAGAGCUGAAGACCGUAUGUGCAACAGAAUCCCGGCCAGAAUUUGAACGGACUGUGUUGGAGAUGUUCGAAACGUUUAUCGCUUCGGAGAGUCCGCUUGCGAUUAACAUCGAUCACGAUACUAGGACAGACAUCAUUGAUCGGGUUGAAAACCAAGACCCGUCUUCGUUUCCUGAUAACAUCUAUGAGCGAGCUCAGGCACAUGUUUAUCGACUUAUGGAAAAGGACUGCUUCUCAAGAUUUGUUCAUACACCAGCUUAUAAGGACGUCGCAAAGAAAAUAGGUCUACCUCAAACAUUUCGAUUCAAUGAGAAAAUUACUCCCACGUGACAUGAUUACCACGAUUUGGCUCGCCACUUUUGUAUCUUCUCACUCUUGAAAUACUUUGUUAAUCCUCAUUUUUCAAUGUUUAGUGUUUUGUUUUAUUUAACAACUUGCUUGAAGGACCAGUUCUAAAAUUUGCUUUUUUGCACGUUGUUUCGUAGCUUAAAGUAAGUGGGAUGCAUUAACAAUCACUGAUAUAAUAAUCGUAAUUAUUGGUAUUCGGAUGAUCUCGUGAGACUUGUUCACAUACCAUGCGGCAGAAGUAAGCGAUGUCUGUCAUUGUGACAAUUUAGUCAAGUAGUUAGGAUACUUGUUGUGGAUUUAAAUACUCUUUGAGCAAGCAUAUUCUUUGAAGCUGUUUUUUUUUGUUCAAGCGUUCACUGGAGCUCCAGCCCAUGUAAUUUCUAUUGCCCUACGGGUUACCUCAUGAGCACAAUUUAGUCGUAAUUUGUCAACAAUCC